AUGACUUCACGCGAGCACCUACCGGAAUAUACAUUCUCGUUAAGCAUAGAAGGCUUCAUGACAGAAGCAGGGGAUCUGGUUAAACAAGCUGUCAUAUUGCACGUGAUUAUCGCUGCAUGCCCUCAGCCACAUCUGUUAGACUCACAGUCACCGCCACAGCCUUCUCGUUUUUUCUGGGACUCAUUGUCAGUUCCCUAUCCAGUCUCUUCUAAUUUUCCAGAUUCUUUCGUCAAGGCUAUGAAGGAGAAUCUAGAACCCCCUAAAACGGGCAAGGAUAAUUUCGCCAUGAUAUAG